ACAGAGUUAGUCAGACAGAUACUGAAGUUUUCCUCCAGCAGGACCACUGCCGUGUUCAUCACCCUCACCUGACACACACCUGUUGGACAUGGGCUUUCUUCUGACCAAGAUGUUGGCUGUGUUCGGUGACAGAGAGCACAAAGUCAUUCUUGUGGGUUUGGACAACGCUGGAAAGACAACUGUCCUCUAUCAAUUUCUGACGAAGGAAGCCGUCCACACGUCCCCCACCAUCGGCAGCAACGUUGAGGAGAUCAUCGUCCGGAACACGCACUUCUUGGUUUGGGACAUUGGCGGACAGGAGAGCCUCCGAGCCAGCUGGUACUCAUACUACUGCAACACGGAGAUUGUCAUUGUGGUUGUGGACAGCACCGACCGUGAACGCCUCACCCUAACCAAAGACGAGCUGCACCGCAUGCUCUCACAUGAGGACCUGCAGAACGCGGCCAUUCUGAUUUUGGCCAACAAACAGGACGUGAAGGGCUCGAUGACGGCGGCGGAGAUCUCUCAGUGCCUCACGCUCGACUCCAUCACCACGCACUCGUGGCACGUCCAGGCCUGCUGCGCCCUGACAGGAGAGGGUCUACCUGCCAGUCUGGACUGGAUGAAGUCACGGGUUGUCGCAAACUGACCACGUGCCACUGGAUCAAACUUCAUCAAACUGAACCGACCUCGAAGGCACUGCAAAGGCCACAGUGUCAGGAUUAUGUACAGUGUUUUGGGCAAAGUCCUGUGAAUAUGGUGCUUGCGAUAGCGCCACACCUACCGUAUGUCUUACCCAGCUGUGUGAGAGUCUGCAAGGGUGCUGCCACCUGUGUGGAUGAGCCUCAGAGUAGACAAGGGGCAGAGAAACCUGGAUGCACAAAAUACGAGUAACGGACUCUAGGUGUUGACUUCUGCACUGUUCAAGAACCACUCAGUGGUUUGAUUAUGAUCUACUAACCUGCUUAACUUGCAAUAGUUGCUGCACAAUCAGGAAGUGGUUUGUGAAGUGCGCUGCGUUUAUGUAAGUUACCUUGCCUGACCAGUAAUAUCACAGCCCACUUUGGUCUGACUGGAGUUCUUUCAUGUCACUGUUCAUCAAGUGGUGACAACAGGAAGUUCAGUGAAUUGUAAACUGGCAACUAAAGUCAUUCUUUCCUUACUGUAACUGAACAAGCUGUGCAAAGAUGUUAUAACCUAUACUUGAAUUAUAAGGCACCUGGAGAACAUAGCAGAAGAUACUGAUGACACUGAGGCUCAUAUUUUAUUACUCUUUGAGCUUAACAGUCAUGAUCUCGUUUGACCUUUGAUUGGUGAUUCUUAUCACUGAUUACCAUCUCGCUUCACUCAUCUGAACCACUCCUGCUGCAACCGAAUUUCAGUACGUCAGUAGUCACAGAACAGCUUUUCAAUCGCAAAGUGAGUUUAGUUGCUGUAUGCUGAAGACUUUUACACAAUGACUGAGUAGAGAAUAUAAGCACAUACUGUUGCUCCUGUGGCCUCUCUUACACAGAAACCCUGCAAUGUUGAGAUACAAGCCUACACCAGAAGUAUGAAAGCAUAUUUUAUGCCAAUGAACAACAGGACACUUAAUUUAUUUUAAAGAAGCAAAGCUCUUGAACUGUUUACUGUAUAUUACAGCAUAUUUUAAACGAUAAAUUGUAUUGUGUAAUACUUUUCAAUAAAUAUUUUUAU